AUGUGGUCAGCCAAAGACAAGAAGCAGCGACCACCAACUCCCCGCUGGGACCCGUCCAUCAUCGUCUCGCCCACAACCUCUCUCCUGCACCAGCGUCGAACCAACCCAAAGGCCGGUCGACCCCACCCUCUCUUCAGUCAGAACCUAUUGACAGAGAGCAACUACAGCGACCCACCUUAUCAGCAACAGCACGACUACCUUCAGACCUCACCUUCACUUACCUCUUCCUUCGCCACAGGACACUUCGCUGACGUGCAGCAGAACCCCACUUCAACCUCGCAGCUGCAACAGACUAUUUCAACGACGGUCAACCCUCGCCACGUGAGCUCCGCUACCCAGCCUGACCACACAGUGCACGACGGCUCCUUGUUCGCGAUGCACUCUUCCUUGCCACAGGUGUCCUUUGCCAAGCCUAACCCGAGAACUCGCGAGCCGACACCACUAAGCUCGGUGAUCUCGCCUUCGUCCUCGUCCACCCUCGCUUCGUCUCAGUGGGACUCGCAGAAUGUGUCGCCAUGGCCUCAUCGGUCUCACUCCGAUCCGUCUGAUCAGUCCGCCGCAGAGGGUCAUGUUACCGACGAAUCAGAUUCACACAUGGACGUUGGAUCAAGCUCGUCAAGCUCUGCUGCUCCUCGGGUCGUACACCCUGUCGUCACAGGCGGGAAAUGCCCCCGACAUCAAUACAGUGGCAAGAACUUGGCCCUCAUCAGACCAUCGCGUCUGUCUUUUGUCAAGACCGCAGGCUCAUCUGACGAUCAGUCCUCGUCCAGCCCACAGAUACCUGUCUCUAAAAUCCCAACGCCCCUUAGUCGUAAAAGAACUGCAUAUCCUGGAUCGACAUCGUCAUCUUCGUCGAGUACCACCCCCUCGUCUGUGACACUCAGCCCCCUCUCGGAUGAGCCGCGGACGGAAAUGGAUCUGCUGGUCCGUCAGUACAACAUCGAUAUCGAACGUCAACUCAGAGAUAUCAUGAACGUGAAACUGCCGAGACUCUUCAUGAACUGCGACGCGCUUGUUCACUCGAUGACCAAGACCCUGCGACCGAUAUCUGCGGCUUUGGGGCAUAUCCACGACUUUGGUCAACUCCCUGCUCGCGAGUUCCAGCAGCCUAAGCCUGACGACGCAUACAUGGGCGUUAUCAAGGAGGAGGAAGAAGCCACCCAGUGUGACGAGCCUAAUGUGCACGAUGGCCGCGACCAGGAACGCACCACACCUCCGACCAAGGCUCAUGUCAAGCAACUCUCAGAGUCGCCCCCUUUCGCGACGACUGCUUAUGACGAGUCGGACUCCAAGAUUUCGCCUCAACAAUCAGAUGCCAGCCGCGAUUCAUCUUCAGGCGAGCGUUCAGAAGCUGGACGGAAGCGCAAGCGAGAUCAGGUAUUGACCAGUGAGCGUUCAGGGUCCACUAGCGACAACACUCCGCUCCUGCCUGAGAGUACAUACGACGACGAGCAUGCUGCUCCAGGAGGUGGGGCCAUUGCAAGACCAGGACUUGGUCCUGUCUCCCAGACGCAGAGCCCUCCGCGCCCACCGGUCGACAAGAAGGGACCGUUGUCGAUGCCGUCACAUGCAGGCGAUAUAAACCCCCAAGCAACGACAAUCAAGGCAAACAGAGAGCUCACGGGAUGCAUGAACUCGUUUAUGGACUGCUGCAUUCAGCUGCAGCUCUAUCUCCAACAGCCGGUCCAAACAGCCUCUCUGGUUGGACGUAACGACGUGUUCGACUCUCCGCCAUAUAAUGUCUUGACACCGGUGCACCACUCGAGCCGAUCCGACACGCUUGGUCUUGCUAAUCCUCUGGGCAUCCAGCAUCCGUCUGUGCAGAUGAAACUGAAAGUCGACCUACUGGACAGAAUGGACGCUCACCGAUUGAAAGAUACCGCGAGCAAAAUCCGUGCUGAUGGCCGUGCAUUAUCCGAUGAGGGAACCUGUCUGACGAUCGAUGGCCGGGAGCGAGACGGCGCCAGGCAGAGUGUCUUGACGCAGUUGCAGGAGUAUUUGGAGCAACUGGACCAGCGCCACUCAAAUCAACUCCGCUAUGGUACAAUGAAGCUACAGUCUAGCUGCGCGACGCUUCACCAGAUGCUCCAAUCUGUGUUUGGCUAA